CCUGGCUCAACAACUCAACAUCAACCUGACUUGGGCACCAUGGCUCACCUGCUGGAUCUCAGGUUCCUCGUCUAUGGAGAAAAGGAUUUGUCUAGACCUCAAUGGACUCUGAGCACAGUUUGAGUUUGCCCUGUGGAGGUGCAGAUGCCUGGGAGACUGGGAUUGAUAAGUAUCUCUAUACCAUGCGCCUCUCCGAUGAGACUCUGAUUGAUAUCAUGACUCGCUUCAGGAAGGAGAUGAAGAGUGGCCUCUCCCGAGAUUUUAAUCCAACAGCCACAAUCAAGAUGUUACCAACGUUUGUAAGAUCUAUUCCAGAUGGUUCAGAAAAGGGAGAUUUCAUUGCCUUGGAUCUUGGUGGCUCUUCCUUUCGAAUUCUCCGGGUGCAAGUGAACCACGAGAAGCAUCAGAAUGUUCACAUGGAAUCUGAGGUUUACGACACCCCUGAGAACAUCAUACAUGGCAGUGGAAGUCAGCUUUUUGAUCAUGUCGCCGAGUGCUUGGGAGACUUCAUGGAGAAAAAGAAAAUCAAGGACAAGAAACUACCUGUAGGAUUCACCUUUUCUUUCCCCUGCCGACAAUCUAAAAUUGACGAGGCCGUCCUCAUCACCUGGACAAAGAGAUUCAAAGCGAGUGGAGUCGAGGGAGCAGACGUGGUGAAGCUGCUUAACAAAGCCAUCAAAAAGCGUGGGGACUACGACGCCAACAUUGUGGCCGUGGUGAAUGACACGGUGGGGACCAUGAUGACCUGCGGCUAUGAUGACCAGCAAUGUGAAGUUGGCUUGAUCAUUGGCACUGGCACCAACGCCUGCUACAUGGAGGAACUGAGGUACAUCGACCUGGUGGAAGGCGACGAGGGCAGGAUGUGCAUCAACACGGAGUGGGGGGCCUUUGGGGAUGACGGGUCUCUAGAAGACAUCCGGACCGAGUUUGACCGAGAGAUAGACCGGGGCUCCCUCAACCCUGGAAAGCAGCUGUUCGAGAAGAUGGUCAGUGGCAUGUACAUGGGGGAGCUAGUUCGACUGAUCCUGGUUAAGAUGGCCAAGGAGGGCCUCUUAUUUGAAGGGCGGAUCACCCCAGAACUGCUUACCAAAGGGAAGUUCAACACCAGUGAUGUGUCAGCCAUUGAAAAGAAUAAGGAAGGCCUCCACAAUGCCAAAGAAAUCCUGACCCGUCUGGGUGUGGAGCCAUCUGAUGAUGACUGCAUCUCAGUCCAGCACGUGUGCACCAUUGUCUCAUUCCGCUCAGCCAACCUGGUGGCUGCCACGCUGAGCGCCAUCUUGACCCGCCUUCGUGAUAACAAGAACACUCCCAGGCUGCGGACCACGGUUGGUGUCGACGGGUCUCUUUACAAGACGCACCCACAGUAUUCCCGGCGUUUCCACAAGACUCUGAGGCGCUUGGUGCCUGACUCUGAUGUGCGCUUUCUGCUGUCAGAGAGCGGCAGUGGCAAGGGAGCCGCUAUGGUGACCGCAGUGGCUUACCGCCUGGCGGAGCAGCACCGACAGAUCGAUGAGACCUUGGCUCACUUCCGCCUCACCAAGGAGACGCUGAUGGAGGUGAAGAAGCGGAUGCGGGCCGAGAUGGAGUUUGGGCUGAAGAAGGCGACGAAUGAGAAGGCCACAGUCAAGAUGCUGCCUUCCUUUGUCCUGAGCACUCCGGAUGGGUCUGAAAAUGGUGACUUCUUGGCCCUGGAUCUCGGAGGAACGAAUUUCCGCGUCCUGCUGGUGAAGAUCCGUAGUGGGAAAAAGAGAACCGUGGAAAUGCACAACAAGAUCUAUGCCAUUCCCACUGAAAUCAUGCAGGGCACCGGGGAAGAGCUGUUUGACCACAUCGUCUCCUGCAUCUCUGACUUUCUGGACUACAUGGGAAUCAAAGGCCCCAGAAUGCCUCUGGGCUUCACAUUUUCCUUCCCCUGCAAGCAGACAAGCUUAGAUGCGGGUAUCCUGAUCACGUGGACAAAGGGUUUCACGGCGACUGACUGUGUGGGCCAUGAUGUAGCUACCUUACUAAGGGAUGCGAUAAAAAGGAGAGAGGAAUUUGACUUGGACGUGGUAGCUGUGGUCAAUGACACAGUGGGUACCAUGAUGACCUGUGCGUAUGAGGAACCCACCUGUGAGGUUGGACUCAUUGUAGGGACGGGCAGCAAUGCUUGCUACAUGGAAGAGAUGAAGAAUGUUGAGAUGCUCGGGGGGACCCAUGGACAAAUGUGUAUCAACAUGGAAUGGGGUGCAUUUGGGGACAACGGGUGUCUGGACGAUAUCAGAACCAACUAUGAUAAACUGGUAGAUGAACAUUCUCUGAACUCAGGGAAACAAAGGUUUGAGAAGAUGAUCAGCGGCAUGUACCUAGGGGAGAUCGUCCGCAACAUCUUGAUCGACUUCACCAAGAAGGGCUUUCUCUUCCGAGGGCAGAUCUCUGAGACCCUGAAGACGCGGGGCAUCUUUGAGACCAAGUUUCUCUCUCAGAUUGAGAGUGACCGAUUAGCGCUGCUCCAAGUCCGCACCAUCCUUCAGCAGCUGGGGCUGAACAGCACCUGUGAUGACAGUAUCCUCGUCAAGACCGUGUGUGGAGUUGUGUCCAGGAGGGCGGCGCAGCUGUGUGGGGCAGGCAUGGCUGCCGUGGUGGACAAGAUCCGUGAGAACAGGAAACUGGACCAUCUGAACGUGACUGUGGGAGUGGAUGGAACGCUCUUCAAACUUCAUCCACACUUCUCCAGUGUCAUGCACCAAACGGUGAAGGAACUGUCACCACAGUGCACCGUGUCCUUCCUGCUGUCAGAAGACGGUAGCGGCAAGGGGGCAGCGCUCAUCACGGCUGUGGGUGUGCGGCUCCGAGGAGAAAUGCCCCCAAGCAGCUAAGAGCCCAGGAUGCCUCGCCUGCCGCCCUUCCAGCACUUCUGUCUUGGAGCGGAGACCCCUGGUCCUCCCAGUGAGUUGUGCUGGGAGAUGCCCGUGCAGGAACCUGCCUCCCGCAGCCGGGAUGAACACAAAAAUCCAACUCAUGGCAUAUAAAGUAGGGUACAAGAUAGAGUGUGUGCUGCUGGUAAUCUCUCACCUCAGAUCCCUCCUCACCUGCCCUGCCACUCUGCAUGAUUUGAUUUCCACCUGGUCGUGCGUUCCCCACGUGUAAAGCCUAGUGACACCCAUUUCUAAUUUAUGCAUCCAUCCAAUGGAGUUAUUUAUUGGCUCGAGAUGAAAAGUCACAUUCUUGGACAGGCCUUAGGGCCGCUGACGCCAUCCUUGGGGACACAUCCCCUGUGUGAAUUGUAUUAUCACCAGCAGACACUGCCGGGACUCUGUCUCCCAGGGGCGCCACCUGAAAGGUGUGUGGACGUUGCAUUAGCGGCUUCCUUCCGUCCCAGCACCCAAUGCCUGCUGUGUGGCGCCCCAAGUCCCCAGUGGGACGUGCCAGUGCUACCAAAUCGUGUGUCUGUGGAUCCAGUCAUAGCACCAUUGUGACUGUCUUGCAUUCUGUUUGUCUUGUGGGGGGAGUUGGCAAUCCUGUGGGAAAUGUCUUGUCUCCAUUUUGGGUAAAAAGAACCAACCAACCAACAAUGCCAUCACUGGAAUUGCCCAUCGCUUUUGUGAGCCAUGUUGUAUGACCUAGUAAACUUUGUACCAA